UGCACCAAAAUCAAUUUUUAAAUAUGUCAAGAAUUUGUAGUUUUAAAUAGGGAAAAGGGUCAAAAAUACCCUUCAAUUUGUUUUAUUGAUUGAGUAUAUCCUUGCCGUUAAUAUAAAGUUAAUUUUACCUCUAUCGUUACUAACUUCAUUAUUUAUGCCUCUCAAUUGAAUGAAAAACCCAAAUUAACUUAAAUUAACCCGAUUUCAACAUUAAUUGUUUCCAAAUACAUAAUAGGAUUUAGCAUACAAGGGAUGAGUAGUUAGGGUAAAAAGUCAUCUUCUUCAUUAGAGGAGACGGCUCCGUCAAAAAGAAAGACUCCAUUAAUGGAUGCUCUACAGCUUGUCAAUACACACGUCAAGCUCUUGGCGUUCGAUUUUCUUACUCUGAAACCAAUCCCCCACGAAUCCACCAUUUUUUUUCGCAAGGGGAGACGCCUCUCGCGCGCAGAGACAGUAGGUAUGGUCGUAAGCAGAGAUUUCAAGCCCAACAGAUUUAUCAAGUUCGACAUUGAUGAUGGCACUGGUUGCAUACCUUGUAUCCUAUGGCUCAACCAUGAGAGUUCGCAUCGUCGUUGCCCAUCAAAUGUUCGACUAAUUGCCCAGAUGGCCGCUGAUUUUGCUUCCCAAAUCCAACUUGGGGUUAUUGGUCGAGUUCGCGGGAAGAUCAGUAGGUAUAGAGGUAAUCUUCAGAUUACUGUUUCUGAUGUUGUUAUAGAGAGGGAUCCCAACUCACAGAUUUUGCAUUGGCUUGAUUGUUUAAGGUUGGCCCGAAAUUGUUAUGACAAAGUUGUAGUCCUUCCUUCAACAUCACAUGUGUAAGUGUCGAUUAUGCAAAAUGAUGCUUAA